AUGAUUAAUUUAAAUGAAGAGGAAAAACAACAAUAAAGCAAACUAAUCAAUAUAUUUUUUCAGCAUGCGAAAUAAGGAUUAAUUAUAUUGCUUAUGAACAAUUUAAUAAAGGAAGAAUACUUCUUUUUACAAAUCACACUUUAUUUAACAAUAAUAAUGCUAGCAUUUAAUUUUAUUGCUGCCAUAUUUUUGCUUUGUGUUAAGAGGGAUUUUCCUAGAUUGGAGUAUUUUCUCAUUUACACUUUGAAUUUGUUCUUAUUUUUGACAUUGCUUGUAUAUUCAAUGAAAUUCUUCAUUGAACUUUAUGAUACAAAUAAACAGUUAUCCUUAUAUGUAAAAACUUACAUUUUGAUUUUGCUUCAAAAAGUAUUAAGUUGUGAAUUCAUGAUUAGGAAAUUGAAAUUUUGACCAUAAAAAUAUUUCCAUAUGACAUAGCUAAUAGAUAAGUAAAUUGUUUUACAUCGUUCAUUUUUGUGUUUUUGAUUUUAUUAGAUGAAGAUCCUAUUUAAUGUAAACAACAAUUUGCAGUUCUCCUGCUAUUUCAUUUAAUAAAUCACACCUUCCAGUUGAUUUUUAAUACUCUAUUCAAUCUUCUAAUUUUGAAUAAAAAAAAAUAACAAAAAGAAUUGAGAACAUUUUCAAAGUAAAAUAACAUUCUAAUAAGCUAUUAGUUUACUUCUGAUUGUAUUUUUCUUGAUUCAUAUAACUUUAUUCAUUUUUACUAUUAUAAAGACAAUUCAAUUAAAAGAUUAAGAAUGUCCAUGUUUGUACUUUACUAUUCAAUUUUAUAAAUGUUUUGCACCAAUAAACUUUGGUGCAUUUUCAUUCGUGAUAUUACUUGAAUAUUAGUGGUUUAAAGGCACAUUAACAAAUCAAGAAACUAUUGAUAAAAAUAGCUAAAAUUAGAGUUCUUGUAUAACAAUAAUCUCUAUAUUUUUAGACGCUGCUUCACUUUAGAAAAACAAUGCAAUUCAAAAGGAUAGGCAAUCCUUCAAAAGUAUGAGUUCAGUAAUUAACAACCCUAUGGAUAAUAGUGAAUGCAAUUCCUAAGCGCCAAAUUUUGGAAAGUAUAUCUGAAAAUUUAUUAUUUCCUAGAGAUGAGAACAAACAAUUGUAAAAACUAGGCACUAGCCAAUUUGGUGCUUCUUAAUACAAUUAAGGAAUGGAGCAUUCUUGGGCUAAUGUUUAUCAUUAAAAUCCAUUUAACUAAUAAAAUAGCAAAGAAAAUAAUAACAAUCAAAAACGAGAGAGUAAAUCUGUAGAUGAGAGUUUUAUAAGGCAGGAAGAAUCCCAAAUACCAGAGAAUUUAUCUUAAUUAAAUAACCCUAUGGAUUCAGAUAGUUAAAUUCUCAAAUGA